CACGCAUGGAAAUGCUGUUUGUUUUCGAUAUGGAAUAACUCAAACGCGUUGAAGUUUUGUUGAAUCUCUCUAACGUUUGCGUUCUUCUGCUUUGUUGUGUACCAUGGCCACUCGUGAGAUACUAACAUUACAAUUUGGUCAUUAUUCCAACUAUAUGGGUACUCAUUUUUGGAACAUACAAGAACUAAGUUUCGAUUACACUGGGACUAAAAAAAGUGAAAUAAAUCAUGAUAUUUUGUACCGUGAAGGACAAUCCAAAAAAGGUGAAGUUACAUACACCCCCAGGCUUCUUCUAGCUGAUUUGAAAGGAUCUUUAAAAACUUUACCCGCGUCUGGUGGCUUACCAAUUGAAACAGACAAUGACGACUUACAAUGGAAUACAGUAGAAACAAUAGAAGAGCCCGUCCCUGAAAGGAAUCAGUUCUUAUCAGAUUUAGAUACAGAAACAGUUGAAACAGAGGACAAGCAAUAUAACUUAGAAGAAGAUAUAAAUACUUGGACAGAUUUCUUGUAUCCGCGUUUUCAUCCUAGAACUGUAAAUAUAGUAAAAGAAUAUUGUCAUGGAGAUGAAACUGAAUGUUUUGAUAUACACAAUUCAGGUAAAACACUAUGGAAACAAGAUUUUGGUGACACAUUUUCAGAUAACAUCAGGAAAUAUGUUGAGGAAUGUGAUAGCAUUCAAGGUUUUCACAUAAACUUUGACUGUACAGAUGGUUUUUCAGGGUUAGCAGUAGGUUGUAUAGAGCACUUGGCUGAUGAAUACACAAAGCCAAUACUAGCCCAUCCAAUAAUAGCAUCUUAUUUUUCUGACAAUGAUCCAAAGACCCAGGAAGACAGAGAUAAAUCAAAUUUAAAAGAUUCAAUAAGAUUAAUCAAUACAUCAUUAUCUAUUCAAGAAUUAUCUGAACAUGCUACUUUGUUUGUUCCACUGUGUACUGGAGAGAAGGGAUGGCGAAAACCAGGCAGCCCUAGAAGCUUUGAUCAUAUUGUUUAUAACCCGCAACUAUACUAUCAUUCUUCGGCAUUGUUAGCUUCAGCUUUGGACACACUUAGCCAGAAAUAUAGACAAAAAAAUAAUUUCUAUUCAUUGUCUGAUGUUGCUGCUGACAUGACAGGGUAUGGUAGGAAAAUGGCAGCUGCAUCUCUUGGCAUUCCUUUUGCAUUUAAUGAAUCACAAUAUCUCAUUGACCAUUUAAACAGUGUGACAAAACCUAUUUACUCCUCUAUUACACCUAGUUGUAAAAUAGCAACUGACAAAUUGUUCCAAUUAAUAACAGUGAGAGGCAUUCCAGAAAGUUAUUUGAAAGCCCCAUUAAAGGAAGCUAAAGAGCAAAUGAAUUUACCAGCAUAUAGAUGUAGUAGUGUUAAAGAAAUGUUUGAACUUUAUUUCCAAGCUAGCAAUUUUCUGUCUGCUACCAAUGUCACAAUCACUGAAAAUCCAUUAGAAUUGAAAACUCCAUUCCCAAGAAUAUUCUCUGAGAACCUGAAUAAAUAUGGUUUAAUAAAAGAUAAUGAUUCACAAGAAAAUAUUAAAAGUUGUGCAAUAAUAGCAGGUUUCCACAAUGGUAACUUUGUAGCAGAUGUCAUUGAGAAGCUGCAUAGAGAGGUUGGACGCAUAAAAUUCGCAAAACUCCACAAAUUUCAAGAAGAGGGGCUUGAAUCAGCAGAGUAUCAAGAAAGUUUAGAUAAGCUUGCUGAAUUUAAGGAUAACUAUGAGGAUGAUUUUGAAUUGUAAUAAAUUGUUUUUAUAUAUGUAUUUAUAC